AGGAGGCGCGGCGGCGGCACAGGACACAGCAGCAGCCGCAGCAGCCGGCCCCGGCGGCUCCCGUGGGCGCCACCCAGCGGCCGGCUGGCGAGGAGGCCAGCGGCUUGACGAUGCGCGACCAGCUGCGCCUGCUGAAGGACAAGGAGCACAGCUGCGUGAUUCUGACGCGUAAGAUCCAGUACCUCGGCUUUACGGCCUCGGAGCAGCUCGAGGAGCAUUUCAGGGCCUUCGGCCGGGUGCAGGACGUGCUAGUGCCGCGGUCUCACGUGAAGUCCAGCUACCUGCCCUCUGGGUCCAAGAAGCGCCAGGCGACGGUGCGGCAGCGGCCCGCCCACCUGGGCUUCGUCGUCAUGGAGAACGCCGCGGGGGCAGAAGCCGCCUUCGCGGCAGGCACCGAGCACAAGAUCGGAGAGACCACGAUCGUCCUGGAGCAGUUCGAUGAGGCCCGUUGGGGCAUCAGCCCAGACGAGCAGCGAGAGCCCUAGCGCCCAGUGAGCAGAGUCCGCAGUCGCACUUCCCGAAUUGGGGGCAGACUGACCAGUCGGCACCGCUGUCCCUCGUCGCUUCACCUGUUGCGAUCAGCGGCCCGCUCCUCUCCCCUCCGCCCUUAUGACCGCGCCCGUUUAGCGAGCAGCGGUUCCCCAGCGAUCCAGGGCCAGUCUCGGCGACUGUCGCGGCGCUCUCGGGUGGCCCUCGCCAGGAGCUGGCGCGGCUUUUUUUCAGGGCUGGGCCGGGGUCUGGCGCCCAUCGGUGUCACGUCAACAUGCUGAUAUUAUGUGUUCGUCGCCCGCCAGGGGCGACACGCGCACCGAGAAAUCUUC